AUGGCGACGACGACGACGACAGCGGCGACAGCGACUGCCACUACAUCUGCGACGACGAGCGCAGUGAGGGCCCAUCCCACCGAUGCCCAUGUCCGCCGACCCGCUCGGCGCCGACUCUCUACGUUCCAUGCUGGUCGCUACGCUCUGCCCCAUCCCUGCCACCAGCUGCCGCCAUCGGUUGAAGCCCUCGACCUUUCUCUUACGUCGCUCACGCCCACCCUCGCGUCGCUCCGUCUCCAUGUGCUUACCUACCUUGCCGAUCUCGAAACUCGACUGUCCCUUCUUGAGUCCCCAAUCUCCUCGGAAUCGAUCAAGGCCAAAGGCGAGCUCACCAUGGACGAGGCCCGCGCUUGGGCUCAGGACGGCCUCGAAAUGUUGCGCACGAUCAGGGAGGACGUAUGCGCUCACCUCCCGGACUUCACCCUCGAUAACGUCCCCUCCAUGGAGGACUUCGUCAAGACGCAUAUGCCAGAUGUCCCCACACUCCCGGACAUGACGGAUAUGCGCUCACACCUCCCGGAUAUGCCGGACGUCGUACGCUCCCAUUUCCCCGACUUUGACCUGUCGGACGUCCGCUCCCGAAUAGACGACGUUCGCACCCGCUUCUCCGACAUAGACUUCCCUAGACCGCUAGACUAUGUGCCGACGCUCUCAAACAGUCUUCAGUCAUUACAGGCGCAUCUGUCCUCGAUGGACCUCACCCAGAGCCUCUACAUCUCGACAUACGCCCCCAGCGCGUCGCUAUCCACCCUACUGGACAGGGUGCUCUCUUCCCAUUUCGUAUCCGAGAUAUCAUCGGACCUCAAGAGCGGGGAGGAGACGUUGGAGAAGGCUGCCUUGGAGAUCACUCGAGCGAUGAAACGAUCGCUCAACGGGUCACGGCUAAUCCAAUACGUCGAUCUGCCAGAGAAGUGGCGCAACAAUCCGUUCGUCAAGGGCGGUUAUAGAUUUAUCCCAUUGCAUGAAUGGCCCCGUAUAGUGCUCUCGCUAUUUGCUCUGCACAAUGAGACACUGAAUAUCCACACUCACCUGAUACCCUUUUUGCUGUGGACCUUCGCAUUAUUCCGGCUAUCCCCUUUCUUCAGCGCCCUGGAGGCCGAUGAGCCAGCGGAGGUCAUCUUUACCGCCUUUGCGCUCGUCUGUCUUUUCACCAGCGCUCUGUGGCAUACCAUGGCAGGCUGUGCCCACCCGCACGGCAUGGAGCUCUGCGCGCGCGUCGACUAUGUCGGCAUUGGCUGGCUGAUCAGCGCAAGCGUGGGCACCGUCGUCUACUACGGAUUCCAGUGCCACGAGUUGACGCGGAACGCGUUCCUCCUGCUCUGCCUCGGCAUCGGCCUGUCGGGGAGCAUCCUGCCCUUCACAUCGUGGUUCAACAAGCGCGAGUACCGGCACUGGCGCAUCGCGUUCUUCGUCUCCCUCGCGCUCAGCGGGAUCGCGCCCCUAGCGGAGCUCUCGCGCGCGCACGGCCCGCGUGCCAUGGGCGCAUUCAUCAGCCCAAUCGUGCCCUCCUUCGUCGCGUACCUGGUGGGGCUCGCGUUCUAUGCGACGCACUUCCCCGAGUGCGUGCUCGCGCCGCGCUGGCCGCGCGCGCGCGUGCUCGACUGGCUCGGGGGCGGCUCGCACGCGAUCUGGCACGUGUGCAUCGUUGCGGCGAUCAGUCUGCACCGCUCGGGCAUGGAGCAGAUGCAGCGCGGGAUCGAGGCUGCUUGUGCGGUGGUGGUGUGAGCGCUGCAGGGGGUUGGUUGUUGUACAGUGGUGUGUAUGUAUUGGUUGUGGUUUGUUAUUGCUUUCUUGCUGGUUAGUGUAGUCACAGUUAAUGGGACUGCACGAUUUUCUUGGACCAUCG